AUGGAGUAUCUCCUUCCAGAGCUCAUCUGCCACUACCAAGACCCUCAACUGGCUGAAGAGAUCCGCUGUCUGCACUGCAAACGGUUCAGCCUUCGCAUCAGCCUCCGCAUCAGCCUCCGCAUCAGCCUCCGCAUCAGCCUCCGCAUCAGCCUCCGCAUCAGCCUCCGCAUCAGCCUCCGCAUCAGCCUCCGCAUCAGCCUCCGCAUCAGCCUCCGCAUCAGCCUCCGCAUCAGCCUCCGCAUCAGCCUCCGCAUCAGCCUCCGCAUCAGCCUCCGCAUCAGCAGCAGCAUGGAGCUGCGGUCGCAUGCGCAGUGUGGCGGGUGGUGGGGAGUGGGGGAUGAGGGGGUCAGUGUGGGGGAGUGGGGAGUGGGGGGGUCAGUGUGGGGUGGGGGUGGGGAGUGGGGGAUGAGGGGGUCAGUGGGGUCGGGUGGUGGGGAGUGGGGGAUGAGGGGGGGGUGGGCGGUGUGGGGAGGGGGGGGGUCAGUGUGGCGGUGGGGGAUGAGGGAAGGGGUGGGGGAUGAGGGGGUCAGUGUGGCGGGUGGUGGGGAGUGGGGGGGUCAGUGUGGCGGGUGGUGGGGAGUGGGGGAUGAGGGGGUCAGUGUGGCGGGUGGUGGGGAGUGGGGGGUCAGUGGGGUCGGUGGUGGGGGUGGGGAUGGGGGGGUCAGUGUGGCGGGUGGUGGGGAGUGGGGGAUGAGGGGGUCAGUGUGGCGGGUGGUGGGGAGUGGGGGUGGGGGGGUCAGUGUGGCGGGUGGUGGGGAGUGGGGGGAUGAGGUGGCCCCCCAGGACCACCCGGCCCUCCAGGACAGCCCGGAACCCCCAGCCCUCCCUCAGAUGUCCCUGGGCCUCAGGGUAGAGAUGGACAGAAGGGAGAACCAGGGCUGCCGGUGA